AUGGAGGACCUAAAUGACGAUUCUAAAAGCAUAAAGCUCGUGGAUGCAAUGCUUCCCGGCUUUAUAGGGACGAUAUUUAGUACUAGCAACCGUAAUUUGCGGUCCAUGAAGACAAUUCUUGACAAGGAGGGCAUAGUUGUGGAUAAGUUGGAGAACUCGCCCUAUAUACCUGAGAAUGUUACCGGAAAACUGUGGGACAUACUGGCUCCCAAGAAGCCUUCUCAAAGCUCUCGCAAUCAUAAGAGUCACGCAAACCAGGAUCCAAAGGUCCCUGAAGUAAAUGACCAGGACGAUGAUCUCUCUGAGCAACUGGGUUCGUUGAGCCUGUAG